AGGGCGCGAGCAGUCCCCCAGCUGGGCUGGGGUCGCUCCCUUUGCUCGGGUCGCCCCGGGCCGGUGCGUGCGGCCAUGGCGUUCGUGUUCGCGGGCAUGCGUAUGCUGCUGGGGUUGUUCUUCAUGCUCACGGGGGCGGUCAAGCUCUCGGAGUGUCACAUCCCGGCCCAGGUGUACGCGCAGAUGAAAGCCCAGAUGGUGAAGUUUGCUGAGGUGUUACCAUUGAAGUACCUGAACUGUGGCGAUCUAGAUCCUGGAAAUCUUCUGAUUAUAAUAGGCUGGGUAGAACUUGUGUCUGGUCUCCUGUUGGCCCUGGGACCCCCCUUACUACAGGAGCUCAGCAGCUUUUUGCUCACCUUGCUUACGAUGGGUACAGUCUACAGCUUGCUGAUGCUGAAGGAGCCUAUGGCUACAUGUGCACCUCCAACUCUUUGCCUGGGACUCCUGAUUCUGCUCAAUAUGCGUGUCUGCUAUAUAAUUUGAGCCAAGGCCAAGGCUGAGGGAAGGGUUGGAGAGGAAUUAGGGGAGGGGGGAGAGAGAGGUGCAGGGUCAUCAUUGGGAGCUGGAUGAUCACAAAGGGUUGGGUAUGAAAGCACCUCUGGCUUGGCAGUCUGACCUCCAUCUCAUGUAGAUUUGAUAGCAAGGACAUGUUCAGAACAAUGCAACUACAUAAGAGUCCAACCUUGGGCCUUGAACUAGCUGAUUCUGGGUUUGCGUUAUUCUUUUUUUUUUUGUUUUUGGUGAGGCAAUUGGGGUUAAGUGACUUGCUUAGGGUCACAAAGUUAGUAAUUGUUAAGUGUCUGAGGCUGGAUUUGAACUCAGGUCCUCCUGAAUCCAGGGCCGGUGUUUUAUCCACUGCGCCACCUAGCUGCCCCCUGUGUUAUUCUUUUACCACCCUGGGGACCAGUCCCCAGUGCAUCCCCCCAUCUGUCUGUGGGAAAGGCUUCUCUGCCUUCUCUAACUCAUGCUCCUUGGGUUACCCUUGGCCCAUCCCCCAACCUCUGUUUUACAGGGUAACUGCAUAUGUGCAUACUGGUUUCCCUCAUUCUGAGUCAACUUAAUAUGAAGAAAUUCAGCAUUCAGCCCUGCAAAGCAGGGCACUGACUCACUUUAAAGAACCAAAAGCCUCCCACUUAAGGAAUUCUCAGGCUUCCUUCCCAUAUGAAAAGCCCUAGUAAAAAACUCUUUAAGUUUCCAGUCAGAAAGGAGAAAAUCAGAGAGCCACAAGAUGGAGAAUUCAAACCAUCAUUGAGCUCAGAAGAGGAGAUGGGCAUCCAAAGGGAGGAAGGGGUAGGGUACAAGACAGAAGCAGGGAGAUUCUCAGGUUGGAAAGAUGAAUGAUAAAGUGGGAAUGACAGCCCCAGCCCAAGACCCCUAACGGAGUCUUUCCUCCACCAAUGCAGAUCUGAGCCCCCCUAGGUCUUAGGAGGCACUCAACUUUUACUCAAUUUUAGAGUCAGAGGGCACUUCAGGGGCCAUCCUGCCCAACCCAUUCUUGGAAAGGAAUCUGCAGCAUCCCUGACAGGUGGUCAUUGAGCCUCCCCUUGAAGGAAAGACAUGCCCGAGGGAAGGGAAACCUACUACCUGCUGACAGACAUAGCUCCUUCCAUGUUGGGACAGCCCUCGUCGCUGGGAAGUUUUUCAGGCUAAAUUUGCCCCUCUACGACUUUCACCCGUUGUUCCUUCUUCCACGUGAUGGCUCUUCAAAUUCUUGAAGACAGUUGUCCCAUCCUCUCUGAAUCUUCUCUUCUCCAGGCCAAGCAUCUCCAGUUUCUUCAGCCCAUCUUUCGAUGGUCUGGUCUUGAAGGCCCCUCAACAUCUUUGUUCACCUUCUUUUGGAUGCUCUCCAGAUUUUCAAGGUCCUUCCUAAGACACCUUCCCCACCCCCUUCCAGAAGUGAACAUUAUACUCCAAAUGCAUUUAAGCUUUGGUUAGAGCCAGCCCUUCAGUGAUGAGAGACUCCCGGAGCCAGCUGGACCUUCCGGAUCUCAGGGUCAGCUCUGCCGAGGAGCAGGGUGUCAUUGAUCACACACAGAAAACUACAGCUUUUGAUAAGUGCCUUAAGGAAGUGUAAAAUUCAUUGAUGAAAUAGUUUUUCAGCCAAAGCAGUAGACAUCAGUGCUAAUCCCUAAUUUGCCUUUACUCUAUUGCUUUUGAGGGGGAAGGAUGGACCUUUCCUUAAGGAUAGGUGAGUUAUUAUAAUUGUUUAACCCUUUGCUCCCUACACACUAGUUUGGGUAUGGCAGUACUGGGCAUGUUCCUUGGUUGUUUUUUUUUUGGGGGGGUGCAGGUGGAGUGCCAACUUAUAAGGACCUGU